CACGCUAACUAUGUACGCCAAGCAGCUGAGGAUUAUUUGGCCAGACGUCAGGCCCGCAACAAAUCAAUGACACGUUCAAUAACUUCCGGCUCGGCUGGUCCUAUAUUGGCCAUGGGCAAUGUACACUAUUUGCCAGGGGCAAAAAGCGGUACAUUCUUUGCUCGCGAUAAUGUAUCAAAUUUUAUAACUUGGUGCAGAAAAAGCCUUAAAAUUAUAGAGUGCCUAUUAUUCGAAACAGACGACCUCAUUAUGAGAAAAAACGAAAAACAUGUUAUUUUAUGCCUUUUAGAAGUGGCCAGAAGAGGAGCUAAAUUUGGUAUGCUUGCUCCCAUGUUAGUGCAAAUGGAACGUCAGAUUGAUCGUGAAAUUGCUGCCGACAAUAAAGCGAAUGGUAUUGGUUGUGGUACACAAACCGAAAACGAUGGUAAUACAGAACAAAACGAUAUCGGAGUUGGUACCGAAACUGUGAGCACUGAAACAGAUAUCUUCGAUGAUAGUGAUACAGAAAAUGAUGAAGAUGAUGAUCAGGGUCCCAUGUUAAUGUAUGGACCACAACCACAAAUUAUUACCAAUGAUUUGAAGAGUUUAGACGAAAUGGUAAGUUUGUUUUGGCAAUUAAAAU